AUGCCUGUGCUCCGACAAACACAGUUAGAGCAGGUCGUCGCAACCAUUGCCCAACGGCUAGACUCGUUGGAGAUCGACUAUGCUAUCAUGGGUGGCGGUGCAGUAUGCCUUAUGGCACCUGAUCCCCAGCGAGCCACUGAAGAUGUCGAUCUUGUGAUCCGUGUCGACCAUCGAUCCAUCACAGCCGAUCUCCUUACCAACAAACUCUUGACUUCUUUCCCCUCUGAAUUUGGCCCGGUCAGUCAGUUCGGCCACAUCAUUCCGGGUUACAAACUCGAACUUGAUAGUGGAGUGACGCGCCUCAUCGAGCUCGAGAUAUUCGACUUCCAAUCCUGGCCCAACCGACCGGAAUACGAUUUCCGAUCAGCUACAAGAGUGACGCAGAAAGUCAGCGGAUAUCCUGUCAAGAUGUUUAGUGCUGAAUGGAUCAUCCGGGAGAAGAUCCUGUCGCAAUACCAGCGACAGGGUGCUAAGCAAGCCGUCGAUCUACAAGACGUGGAGAACCUGCUGAGUUACGCUGUGCCUGGUAAAGCUGAGCUCAAUUUCGACAAUGACCAGGAACUUCAGAAUGCCUUGGCAACCUUCUUGCAGAGAAGACCGAAAUUGCGAGGCGAGCUUCGCGAGGUGAUCAAGUGCCGGGCUGUCUUGGGCAAUUGA